UCAACGAAUUUUAAAAGGAAUAUAGCAAGGCUCUAUAUAGACAUCUUGUGGCAUCUGUUGCGAAAUGUCUGCUCUUCCGCAUAGGUACGCCCUUACGUAAUCGCUGCUUUCCUUUUCUGCAAUGUUGGCGCCGGAAUAUACUUUCAGUUUCGACGGAAUCAGGUUCAUGAGAAAGCCGUUGUAAUGUUGCAUGCCACUGAAAUCGUCGUACGGCUGUGAGGUAGCAUGAUUAUUUUAGUUUUCAUGACAUAAUUUCUGCUGAAUAUUCGCACAUUCCUGUUCUACAUAAAAGUUUUCCACCACAGACAUCACGUGGGUAUUGCUGUCAGAGAUUUCUUUAAAUACAGCACAAUCAAGUUGUAUUCCGUUGGUACUCCUUGAACUAGUAACGACUUGUGACAUUUGUUGUUGUUGUUGCUGUGAUACGAAACUUUGGUGCAUGCAAAUCAGGUAGUGUCUUCGAAUAAGAAUGGAGUUCCCUUUCAGCGUAAAUGAGAUACUUCCAAAUCAAAUAACGAAAAUCAGGAGCAGUCUGCUACCCGAAGGAUUUGUCGGAGAUCGUCGCGGUUCGCAGAAUUGUGUUGAUAAAGUGUCAGAAAUACUCGAUGAAAUGGGCAAGGCAUCUGCAAAAGCUCAAGGUCUACAGAGAGCUAUAACAAGUGGAGAGAAAAUGAGGAAUGUUGAUUACACAGUUUAUGUUUUUGUUGAUCCUGAAGGAAAUAAUGGGAAAGGUACAGUUAUUGGCCUGCUUAAAGUGGGACGGAAGAAACUGUUUGUGUUUGAUGCAUCUGGAGCCCAUAAAGAAGUGGAGCCUCUUUGUAUACUAGAUUUUUACAUCCAUGAGUCAAAGCAACGUAUGGGAAUGGGAAAAAUAUUGUAUGAGUAUAUGCUGCAGGAGGAGAGUGUCUUGCCCAUUCAUUUGGCAAUUGACAGACCAUCAGAGAAGUUCAUGAAUUUCCUUCUAAAACAUUAUGGUCUGAGGAAUAUUCUACCACAAAAUAAUAAUUUUGUUGUGUAUGAUGGAUUCUUUGAAAACCAUCCAGAUGUUAUUCACAUGUCAGGAAAAGGACAUCUUCAAGACAAUAAGUCUGUAGCAGGCAUGAACGCCACUCGGGUAAUAGAGGCAGCAGGAAGUGCUAACUCAUCGCCUCAUUUUGGUAGAUAUGCUGCUCACAAACCAGAGUCUACUGUUGGAAAGAUCAUCCAAAAUGUUUUUCCAUGCGGUGAACUUAAGAGAGUGGCAAGUGAUGGAAUUGAUCCAGCUAAUCUUCAUUGUGGUGAGAUGGCUUGUCUCUCAGGAUCUGCACCUGAUCUCCAGAUGGCUCCACCACACAAUGAGCAACAUCAUUCGCAGCUGUGGUAGACUACACCAUAUAUUUACUGCACCAAACAGCACAUUAAUUCCUUUCUGUUGUUUUUCUCUGUCAGCUUUAGAGUACAGUGACAGUAGUGUAUUCUGCAAAGUUCAUUAUAUACAGAGGCAGCAAAUCAAAACAAAACAAACAAAAAAUUAUUUUUUAAACUUUUGAGAUGGAAAAAGCUUUCACACUAUUUUUAAAACACACACAUUAAAACAUUAUUGGUACUUAUUUAGUUUUCAUUAAUAGAUACAGAACAUUCAUUUCUACAGAGACCAUAUUAAUUGUAUUGCAAAACUCAUUCUGUAAGCAUACCAAUAUUAUGGCAAACUAAAUGCCCAUUGCUUGUGAAAAUUAAUCUACCUGUGAUUGUGGGCAGCUAAACAGGAACAUCCUGUUAGUGGGCACAUUCAUAAUAAUGCUUUUUUUGCAGUAUUAGAGAUGGCUUUAAUAAUAUUGUAAAUAAAACCAUGUAUAAAGUAUAGAAUCGGAAUUUAAGUGUCUCAAAUGAAAGUAAACAGAUGUUCAUUGCACUAUGGAUUUGAAGCAGUUUUGUUAAAUGAAUAUAUUUUAUAAUUGUUUUCAGUAAAAUCUGAAUCUCAUUCAGAACAAUGUUAAAUGAAAAUUUAUAAUUAUUGUAUUUGUUGCUUAUAUAGUAGUUGGGUGCUUAAUCAUCUUUGCACUGUUCUACUUGAUUUGUCAAGUAGUAAAAAGUAAAAUGCUAAUCAUUAGUAGUAUCUUUCUUGUCAUUUAACAUUCCUGUUUGGACAGUGCUAUUUAUUUGGUCAUUGUUAGUUGACUUGAGAAAAGAGGAAUAGGAUAAUUAAGCAUUAGUAAACUUUAAGCAUCAGGUUAACAAUGCUUGAACUGAACAGCUAAUGUCAAAUAAAAUUAACAAUACCAGAUCUAUGGAGCAAUUUACUUUACCUACAUAUAACACACAGUUCAGUAAAAUUUAAAUUCUGUCAUCAUACUGAGUGGUUAAAUGGAAUGAGAUGAAAAGUGCCUUAUUCUGUAAUUUUUCUUUUAAUUUCUGUUAUGCUAGAAAAUCAUUUUUUAUUUUCAUGAAAAGGUUGUAUUUGGAAUUGUUCCAGAUUCUUUUAACAAAUGUAUAUUAAUUGUUGUUAACCAUAGAAAUAUAAAGCAGUUAACUUCAAUUAAGCUGGCACUUCAGUCAAGAUAUAUGCAGUUGUUGAAAUUAACGGUUUUAAUUUGUCAAGUAUAUUUACAUUAGUUUGCUGACAGUUACUGUAGUAUUUAUUAGUUUUACAAUUUCGAUUCAUGUUAAAUGAAAAUAUUACUGUGAGACUGAAAAUUGUAUGUUUCAUGUAAAGAGAAAAGUGUACUGUAAAAAUAUUUAUACCUUUGCUCUUAAUUUUCAGAAAUAUGUUUCUUCACAGACUGUCUUUCCUAGAAAAUAUGGACUAAGCAGACAAUGCAGUACAGUUACCUAAAACGGUAGUUUGAGUAGACAGAUAUAUUCAUAAAAGGGAGGUUUUUUUUUUUUUUGUUUUGUUUUUUCGUGUUAUGUUGAUAAUCAUUGCGUUAUAUUUUGAUGAAAUUUCAUAAUAGCCAUGACUACAGUUGGAAUAAGGAAAAAAAUACCAUCUGAAUUAUGUGAUUUGUGGUGUUCUGCUGAGUUGUUUACAUUUUAUGCACAAUAUUUCAGUGGCAACUCUGUCAUCAAAAUAUUGUGCAUCAAGUUCAAGCAACUCAGCUGAACUCUUGGAAGCACACUGCACUGCACUGAAAAAACCUGAGAAGUCAGAUGUGGACUAUAUUGUUUUUUAUUGUUAUGAUGAAAUAUUGUUUGAUAUUGUUUUUAUACUUCCAUUUUUAUACUGUGCUGUAUCACUGAUUUGCAGCUCUCUCAUAUUGUUUGUGUAAGUCAAAUUCACAUUUGUGUUU